AUGCCCACCCACUCUAAUUCACUCAACAAUUCCGUCAAUGCCAGUUUGUGCAGUACGGAGUUUAGCCAUUUUGAGAUUCACAAAGAUAUCGAAGCGGCGGUAUGGAGCGUGUGGAAUAAUCAAUAUGAGGAGGCGCAACACAUACUUUGCAAGAAGAAAGAUACGCAUCCGCGAUAUGCGCUAGAGUGGGCUAAUAUUAUGCUGGUAAAAAGUCUGAUGACCUCCACCAACGAUGACCGCCUGGUUCUUCUAGACCUCUUUAAGGCGGCGGAUCAUCUGGCAUCCUUUAUGAAGCAUAACGAGCCCCCAUUUAGUGAGGACGACGCGGACGACGAAGGAACGGCCUCGGGGCAGUGGGGGCACUCAAUGAUAAACACUCCGCAUAACCACUCAAAGCCCAAAAAGUAUCAUCAUGUUAAAAAGAAGGAUGCAAUUCAUCAUGACGAGGCAUUCGAUUAUAUUUGGAAGUUCGAGUGCGAUGUGGUCUACGCAGAGGCUCUCUUAAUGAGAGGUAUCUGUCAGCUAAUGAUGAAUUCGUAUUUUAAGGGUGGGAUCAACCUCCGAAAGGCGUGGGGUUGCUAUAAUAGUCUCCUUCAUAAGAUCGAGGAGGACAAGGCGGGUAAAAUUCCAAAGGAACUGAAAAUGUGUGUAAAGUACGGCACCGGUACCUUUUAUUCAUUUCUUGCCCUUGUCCCAGGCAAUCUUAUGAAGCUUCUAUCACUUAUUGGGUUUGUUUCCGAUAAGGAUGUCGGUGAGCGGUAUUUGACCGAAGUGUUUGAAAGUAAUACAAUUCGAUCUCCCUUUGCGGGGUUGGUUUUGUGUACGCUUUAUUUGUUCCUGCCUACAGGUUUGGGCGAUGUUGGGGUGGCUUUGUCCCGAGCCAACAAGAUUCUCGAAUCAAUGAACGUUCGCUGCCCGAAUAAUACGUACUUCUAUGGCUAUGCGAACUUUUAUCAUAGAAAGAAGGGUGAUGUCGAUACGGCGAUGAGUUCUAUUUCGUUAGCGUUAAAAAAUUCGAUGAGUGUGGGCGUUUCGCCGCUUUUAAUUAAGUACGUCUACGCCGAUACGCUCUUUAUGUACCAGGAUUGGAGCGAGGCGCUAAAGCAGUACCUUGCCCUCCUGGACCAUAUCCAGCAAACGAAAGAAUCCUUCACGUAUACCGGACAGGUGGCUCUCUCGGUCGCCGCUUGCUACGUUAUGGUGGGGAAAUACGACGAGGCCAUGGAUUGGAUGCGGCGGGUUAAUCCUAUGCACAAUCCCAAAUCGAAAAGCGACGUGAACUCCCCCAAGUUUGCGCUUCGCGUGAUAGCAAAUCCACGUCUUCUUCCGUAUUCGGCCGUAUACAUGCUUUAUAUUAACCGCGAUCUGGUUCACAUGCGCAAAGAACAGGGUGAGCGUGUACUUUCCGAUCUUAAGAAUGUACUCGAAAGCAAAGAUAUCACCGGAGCCGAGGCGACAAAUAUGUAUAAUCUUUUUGUUGGUGUGAUUGAAAAGGGGUGUGGAAAUUCAGAGGUCGCGCUUCAAUAUUUUCAAAAAAUUUUUGAUGCCGAAAAGCAUAUUCCGAAGGAAUCUAUGGUUCUUCCUUUUGCUUAUUAUGAGGCGGCAGAAAUUCGGUACCGUAUGGGAAAUUUGAGUGAAGCCAAACACCUUUUUGACAAAGGGCACAAAAUUAAAGGGGACGGAAACGAGACGCUGUCUAAUCGCUACCGCAUCGCCAUGAAGCAGUUAAAACAUUCCAUAGCUGUAUAG